UUGGGUGGAAGCGCCGGUGUCGGGAAAGUGCAGUGUGGAUAAGUGAACGGAACUGUCCCUGCGUGUUUUAUAGCUAGCUAAUCACAACUGAAGGCAUUAACUAGCCUCUGUUGUGGGAGCUGGAAUGACAGAAAUGCUGCGUAAUCGGGACCGCGCGGUUGUAAUGACCGGGGACUCGUGCGCUUUGGCACCGGAGGGAACACUAAGCUUUAACUGAGGAGUUGAGCACCAACAGACAAAAGCAGCAAGGUGCAACACGGCUAAUCUUUCUGUUAACUAAUUUGCAAUAUGCAAAUGUAGAAUACAAAGUGGAAAGUGUUAGCAUUGUGCUCAUUUUGCUCAUCCCGAACCGUGCCAAUGCUGGAAUGGCUUUUGGCUCUGUGCUUUGUGAUCCUGGUGGUCUCAAUCUGGCCAGGCUCCAAAUAUUUUUGUACCGAGAGCCAGCGCGAUGCUUUGCUUCAGAGAUUUGGAAUUUUACAGCAGGUGGCGAAAGGCAAGACGGAGAAGUGCGUCUCUGAGCGAGAGGGGGGCGACGAUGCCCAGUCGGCCUGCGUGGGCGCUUUGACCGGUGAGAAGCCACGCACCGUGGCGCUAAUAUGUAAACCUUCCGCGCUGGCAAACUACCUGCUGAAGCACUGCUGGACUUUCAGUAACUACUCACCGUGUGUCGGCUGGACAUGGCGGGCCAGCGCCUUUCUCCAGAGUGUUUACGAGGCGUGCUGGCCGUACGAAAGCCCGGUCCAGUUUGUGCGAGAUAACCUGCAGCUAAGUGAUGACGGACUGGUGGCCUUGGACUGGGCUGUGCCAUCCUACCAGAAACGUCGCAGGACUUCGAGUCACUCCACCAGUCCGGUUCUUCUCAUCAUUCCAAACUCUUUUGGGAAGAUCACUAGAAAUGUCCUGAAGUUGUGUGAAAUGGCACUGUCCCAUGGCUACCUUCCUGUGGUAUUCAAUCGCCGCAACCACAACAGCUGCCCACUUACAACCGUGAAACUGCAGCAGUUUGGUGAUCCUGCAGAUCUACGAGAGGCUGUGCGCUACAUUCGCUACCGGCAGCCUGCGGGUAGACUGUAUGCAGUGAGCGAGAGCUCAGGGUCAGGCCUUCUGCUGUCCUACCUGGGGGAGUGUGGAUCUUCAAGCUACGUGACGGCGGCUGUCUGCUUGUCUCCUGUGUUCCGCUGCCAGAGCUGGUUUGAGAGUGGGCUGUGCUGGCCCCUGCAGGGGGCGUUGGUGCUGUACCAGAAAAUAUGUCUCAGCAGAUACAGAACCGUGCUGGCUGAGACCCUGCAGACAGACACUCUGUUCUCCAGCCAUUCUUUGCGUGGCCUGGAGGAAGCACUGUUUUGUCAGCCUGGAUAUCCUGACUCUACACCUGCAGCACCAACAGGAAAUGGCUGUAGCAGCAAUACAUCAAUUACCUGGGAUGCUUACUGGGAACACAACGAACCCUUAAGAGAUGUGGAUGAAGUGGCCAUUCCUGUUUUGAGCGUGUGUGCUAAGGAUGACCCUAUCCGUGGAGACGCCCAUUCCACAGUGCCCUUGGAACUUUUUGAAACAAAUCCACAUUUUUUUCUCCUCCUAACUGACCGUGGAGGUCACUGCGGUUUCUCCACCCAAUCUGAAGGGAAUGCUGCUGGUGCAGUGGGCUCCGUGGCUGCAUCCAACAGAGGGAUGGAGAGUCACGGGAUCAACUGGAGCCACAGAGCUUCACUGGAAUUCUUUAGGGCCACCACGGACUUCUUCAAUGCAGAGGAAAGAGUGAAGCAGAUUGCUUCAAGGAGGAGGGGCCUGGGAGGAGCUGCAGGAGGAAGAUUUUUUCGCCACCGCAGCGUCAGUACAUGUAAAAGAGUGCCAGCUUGUUCUCAUAAUAUCCACGCUAUUUACAGCUGGCAGAGAUCCUACACACGAUGAGGAAGCUUUAUGGAGAUUAAAGGUACCCUGUGGAGUUUCUGUGUAAUCACAUUCAGCUAUUCCAUUUUAGUAAACCAAAAAGGGAGAAAGUUUAACUUUUACAUUCAGAUACACUUUACUCCUCAACAGAGCUGCCUUUUCUGCUGACUCCUUUGACUCGUCUUGCCUCCCAUUGUUCAUGCGUUGUUGUAUUAUACAUGAUGCUCGAUGCACAUGUAGAUGAGUGGAAUGGUGUAACGCCAUAUGUGUGUACAUGUGUAUUGUUGUGUAUGUAUGUGAACUCAUAGCACUGCUAAAACUUAAAAAAAAAACCAAAACACCACAGGGCACGAGUGACGUCUGACUUCAAUGCUUCUAAUGUUUUUUUCAUAAUUGGGAUGUGAGGGGCCAAAUUGUUCUCUGGAUGUGUGUCACUCACUUGAAAGUGUUAUGACAACCAAACUUUGAAAAGUGCUGGGAUUGUGAAGGUGUGUGUGUGUGUGUGUGUGAGAGUGUGUGAGUGAGUGAGUGAGUGAGUGCAUUGUUUUCACACUGCUAACUCGGGACACAAACCAUUAGGAUAGAAAAAUGACAGACCACAAGAUUGCAUGCAGUUGUUAUGUUCAAAAGUGACACUAUAAAAAAAGUCGACAAAUUAUGAGUGUCUCUAUAUUUUUCUACAGAUUUAGGUCCUCUGUAACGUCAGCUGUUGCAGGAAUUUCUCAGUUAUAUUAACAAGCUUACUAUAUGUUUACAGGGUCCGAGUCAUCUGCUGCACAUUUUCCCCCAUUUCCCCCCUACAUUUGUAGCCACAUUUGCUUUGACUUUUGAAACCUUACUGUGUAUUGUAUUUUGUUGUUUUUACUGCAAGUAUAUAUAUUGAGGACUAAGACUUAUGCCUCAGUUUGGAAGAAAAAAAUAAGUGAAUCAGAGUUUCAGACUAAUUGGAGCUGAAUGUUAAAGGAGUUUAAUUAGUUAAUCGACUGUUUUUUCUAUGUGUUACAGAGAGUUAAGUGAGUAUGUUCUCCUCUGUGUCAGAAAAUAUCCUGUGAUGAACAGAAUAGGUGAACACCUGUGAGACUUUUAACCAGUCAGCCUUUAUAGGUCUGUGUCAUGCGAAUGGAAGCACUUUGUAAGUUUUCAUUUCUUAUCCUUUGACUUCCUGCUCCGAGGCUUUUUCCUGAGCUGCUUGGGAUCCGCAGGUGGCUGUUGUUUUACUCUGAGUAGGAGAAUUUUGGGUUCAUACUUUUACAAUAAACAAUAAAUAAAUAAAAGUCAGUAUUUCUGUUUCCUAUUAAUUAAGGAAAAGCCAAGGUGCAUUAUAACAGUGAGUAUAAAUCAGGACAUUAAGUACCACAGUGCACAAAUGAUUGUUGUCUUGUGUUUAUUGAACAGGCUGUGCCCACGUUUGAUGUGUUAUGUGACAAGAUGAAAUUAAAAGUAUACUGA